AUGGACACCCAAGGAUCUGAAGAUGUUCUCGUCGGUGUUAUUGGCGGCAGUGGUCUCUACGAGCUCGACAACCUCACCUUCCUGUGCGUACAGCCGUGGGGAUUCCCCUCGUCUCCCGUCGCGAUCUGCUCUCUCCCGUCGGGCACCAAGGUCGCCUUCCUCGCCCGCCACGGCGUAGGCCACACCAUUAACCCCUCAGCUGUCCCCGCGCGCGCGAACAUCGCCGCGCUCAAAUCGCUCGGUGUCCGCGCCGUGCUCGCCUUCUCCGCCGUCGGCUCCCUCCGCGAGGAGCUCGCCCCGGGCGACUUCGUGCUCCCCACGCAGAUCAUCGACCGCACCAAGGGCGUCCGCCCCGCGAGCUUCUUCGACGGCACGCGCGUCGUCGCCCACGCCGCCUUCGGCGACCCGUUCUCCAACAAGCUCGUCGCGUGGCUCGAGGGCCGCGUGCGCGCCGUGCUCGCCGCGCACGCCGACGCGGAGCACACCGCGCGCGGCGUGACGCCCGCCGUGCACGCGGGCAAGUGCGUCGUGUGCAUGGAGGGCCCGCAGUUCUCGACGCGCGCGGAGAGCCGGAUGUACCGCGCCUGGGGCGGGGACAUCAUCAACAUGAGCGUCCUGCCCGAGGCGAAGCUCGCGCGCGAGGCCGAGCUCGGGUACGCGCUCAUCGCGACGGUCACCGACUACGACUCGUGGCGGGAGGGUGAGACGCCGGUGACGGCGGCGGAGGUGUUCAAGACCCUGCACGCGAACUCGCGCCUCUCGAAGCUCGUCGCCGCUACGGUGCUCGACGAGAUGCACGCCGCCGCGGCCGAGGGCGACGUACUCACCGAGGAGAUUGGGUCGAUGAAGUUCUCGAUCAUGCCGCGCCCGGAGAAGGCGAAGGAGGAGGACCUCGCCAAGCUCCGGUACAUCCUUCCGGCCUACUUUAGCGAGUAG